AUGAGAAAACGUUCCAACGUCUUUUGACGUGUUCUGUUAUUAUCCACCUACAACAAACCAAAACAAAAAAAAUACAGUUGUUGCCGAGGCAUUGACAGGUGAAUGUCACUUUGAAUGUCAAAUUCCCGAGGAUUGGCAACCGGUGCGCGUGAUAAAUUCAGCAACCCUGGCUCGUUAUUUUUUCCCGAGUUACUGGAGAAAUGACAGGAUGGGGGAGACCGAGGAGAGUGACAACAAAACAUCCCGAGUGAAUAAUAAUCAUUGUGAUAACCCCAAUAAUGACCUUGUCUACCAUGCGGUGUACAUCCCGAGAGAUUCCGAAGGUGAUGCUGAAGGUGAAAUCCACGUGUACACGGACAAACAGGCGGCACUGGCUGUCAUCAAGACCUCUCGUACAGGUCGCCUGAAGACCUUCAAGUCAAGGUUAGCAGCUGAGAAAUACGCUGAGCAUGGCUUCGAAGAGGCAGGUGCCAACAAACUCCCGAAAGUUCAGGUAGUCAAUGCUGAGGAAAAAGCUAGUUCGUUCAGAGCCCCUAGGUCUCAGGAACUGGUGAUCUUCAGGAAGCACAUCGAGAGGGGAGAGUUAGAUACUGUGAUCAAGAUGGCCUGGGAGAAUCCUAGGUAUCUCAUUUCGUCUGGUGAUACUCCAGCAAUUCUUCAGGAAGGUUGUAGAUACAAUGCCUUGCACAUAGCGUCCUCCAAGACCCAAGAAGCCCAAAUGUGCGAGAAGCUCUUAGAAAUCGUAUCUGACCCAAAAUUCGUGGAGCUCCUGUACGGUAAAGGCUGCAAAUCGACCUACGAAACAACUGCAAAAAUCUGGUUGGAUCUAUACUUGAAUACUCCCGACAAGGGUCUGAACGAGACUCCCCUCCAUUUUGCAGCAAAAUACGGGAAGAUCGAGGUGGUGAAGGUCCUUCUGUCGUACCCCCAGUGCCUAAAAACCGUGAAAAACAAGUGCGGCCAGACGCCCAUCCAGGUGGUCUGCAGUAGAAAAGGUCAGGACGACGAGAGUCUAGCCAGAGAAAUAAGAAUGCUCUUCGAGGACCAGUAUUACGUGCCAGUGUGGAGGGCAGAGGACAACUCCCUCCAGCCAACGAUAGGGAUGCCCUUCUCCCCGUCAAGCCCUCCAAGACUGAAGAUCGAUCCACUGUCCCCCAAAGUCGAAGUGAAGGCAAUGGCUGGGCCAAUGCCAAAGUCCCAGGCUAUCGAGUUCAGGAGAAAAUGGAAAACCCCACCGAGGAUGUCCAGGACCCCAACGAAAACCAAUGAUCACAACGACUCCUUCACGUUCCUCAGCCCAAGGAGCCGAGACCCAGGGGUGAGACUCCAGAACACCGAGAAAGGACUUGAAACUGUUGGAAGAGAGCUAGCACACGAGUACCAGGUGAACUGGAGCGAGUGGUGGCCAUUUAUGAACGAUGCUGCUGAUCUCAGUUGCAUCGAGGGACUGUCCAAGCUGGAGAGAUACUUCAGGACGAGGUCUACGCGACUGCAGGAGGAUAAGGUGAAGCUGGAGGCUGAGAAGGCUACGAAGAUGUCGAUGAGGAAUGCAGGUAAAGGAAGGAGACGUUUAACUUCUGAUCGUGGGGAUGGGGAGGAGAUUGGGGAUAAUGGAGUAUCGGAGGAGCUGGAUGACAUGGAGAUGUUGAUAAAACAGCUGGAGAUGUGCUCGCUCAACAGGUCGACUCCAACUGACACCAGCACUGACUCCGACGCAGCACUAACUCUUGAUGAUUUUAUUGCAGAUGAGAAGUUCCAGACACCACCAGAAACACCGCAGAUUGGGAGUGAUGCUGAAGACUCGGGGGAUGACUACAGCCUUGCUGAGGAAGAUGAUGCUGUCUACGAUAAUCUGUUUAUUGAUGGGAGCUAUCCUGGGAAAAAUGAUAUCGAUGUGAUCAAUGCUAUGCCUGAGACCAUCGAUGCUGAGAUCUUUCCAUUGAUAUAUCGGUGGAAGCAUGAUGUCGAACUCGCUAGAAAGAGGAAUCAAGUGGUUGUCUGCACACCCAGGAGGAGACUACUUCUUACUCCGGAGAAAUAAUCAAAAGGAUGAGGGGUGGUAGCAGAAAGCAUUGAGAAAUGUCUCGAGCUUUAACAAACUAAACUCAAAUAUGCCAAGUUUUUUCAUUCCUAAACAGUGAACUAAUAUAUUUUUUUUUUCUGUAAUUUAAAGUAACGAUUCUAGCUGAUAGUCUAUUUUUGAAAAGUGUUUUAUAAUAUUGAAGAGGAGAGAUGUUUGAUUUGCUUUAAAUUUCUUCUCUGAAAGUUCGAUCUUGAGGGUUUAUCAAGGGGAUAGUCCUUGAGAUGCAAUGGGUUUUGAAAAAAACAUUUUUUGAAUUUUUUCACUGCAAAAGGGGAAAGCCCCAGUUAAGGAGAACACAAUGCGGAUUUAUCGAUUCUAUGAAUGUUAAUUGUCUUUUGAGAUUAGAAAUUUUUAAAAUAAUUCUGUUUAUACAACUCUUCAUUGAGGCAAUAUCUUCGUUCAAUUUUUAUGUGAUUGGGCUUCUCCUAUUCGUUGUAACAUGUUCUAUUAAUAAUUAAUGAUUUGAAUUUUUCGACCGUGAAAUUGAAUUGUAAAAAUGUUUGUCUGACCUUAUGGCCUAAGGCCAAAUACACAUUUCCAUUGUCCUCAAUUGAGUUUUUUAUAUUUAUGUUUUUGUAAUUCAAUUUUCGUACUAGUAUUUUCGUAUGACAUUACUAAUGAACUCUUCAACACCUAGUCAUAAUUUAUUUUUGAUUUAUUCAUUAAAAAAAUGGUUCGUUUCAUGGAAAAUGUACCAACGAACAAAUAAAAGCCCAACUGCAUUCGAAAUAGAUAAAAAUCGUGGUUUGGGAAAACGUCUGUGGACAAAAUUAUCAACAAUACUUAAUGUGAGCAAUGGACAAUUAAUUUUCAGACACUUGAUGCAUUGAAAAAAUCAAAAAUGUAAUUUCCUUAAAACCAAUUUCACUGCAGGGAAAGUGAACAGUCUUGUACGAAUCAUCACAAACCAUAGCAUGAAAAAUGUGUUUCAAUGGCUUUUACAAAUUAAUAAUUCUACUGAUACUAUUUCGUCCGUUAACAUUUCAUUGACCGUUUCAUGUGAGAAAAAACUGGAAAAAUAAUUUAUCAAAAGUUCGAUGGAAAUAAAACGAGCGACAAAAAUUCUAA